AGCGUUCCUAAAGGGAGGUUAGCCAACAGCUGUCAAAAGCUACGAAGAAACAGAAAGAAAAAAAACAACAAAACAUACGCAAAGUGAGAUGAUUCUCCAGUCCGACCAGCAAUCUUUCGUUAUUUUUAUUUAAUUCGUUCUACUGUUCGGAUAUACCACGUUUCGAUCCUUUCACCGGAGCGGCCUCUGACGACAUGAAGCGUACGAGUACGUGCUGAUCCAGAAGCGAAGAGAGAGAGAGUAAGAGAGGGUUAUUGUUUUCAUUCCUCGCUUAAGAAACCUUCCCCUCAUCGACACAUCCAUCCUCGGAGUGUCGAAAUUCUAACCAUUGUGUGUACGGUAUAAUAUCCCCCCAACACAUCCGGAGUUACCCUAUCUACUGUCCGCAAGAGAACGUUGGAAACACUUCCACAUUUCAAAAGCCAGCACAGCGUGAAGCUGGGUGCAUAUCUUAGCAUCGGUAUGGACAGCAACCUAGAAGGCGAUGAGGUGGAGCUUCGCAAACAUGCCAAGUACUUUAUUCGAUUCCUGCACACACUGCCUGGGCGGUUAGCGUCGCACGAUUCUACCAGAGUCACCAUAGCCUUUUUCGCUGUCAGUGGACUGGAUGUGUUAAAUUCGCUGGAUAUGCUAACCGACACUUUCCAGCAGGACAUUAUCAACUGGAUUUACAAGCUGCAGGUCGUCCCGAAAGCGGGUGAACGUGCAUACGGUGGCAUACAAGGGUCCAGCACGUUCGAUGUGCUCGAUGCGCCGGGAAACUGUGGCCUGGAUCUCUAUCGAUGGGGGCAUCUGGCAAUCACGUACACGGGGAUUGCCGUACUUGUAGCGCUCGGGGAUGAUCUGUCCCGGUUAAAUCGGAGAGCCAUAAUCGAGGGUGUUGCGGCGGUGCAGCGGGACGAUGGUAGCUUCAGUGCCACGAUCGAGGGAAGCGAACAGGAUAUGCGGUUUGUGUACUGUGCUGCAGCAAUCUGCGCCAUGCUCAACGAUUGGGGCCGGGUGGAUCGUAAAAAGAUGGCCGACUAUAUCCUCAAGAGUGUGCGCUACGAUUACGGUAUCAGCCAGCACUAUGAGAUGGAAUCGCACGGUGGUACUACGUUCUGUGCCAUUGCCGCCCUGGAGCUUAGCGGACAGCUACACUUACUCACACAGAGCACACGGGAAAAGAUCGUCCGAUGGCUAAUAUUUCGCCAGCAGGACGGUUUCCAAGGACGUCCAAACAAACCGGUCGACACGUGUUACUCGUUCUGGAUUGUGGCUACACUCAAGAUACUGGACGCGUUUGAGCUGACCAGCUUCAAGGACAAUCGAGAUUACGUCCUCUCGACCCAGGAUGUAACAGUGGGUGGAUUUUCCAAGUGGCCCCAAGCGUAUACCGAUCCGUUCCAUUCCUACUUCGGGCUGUGCGGGCUAAGCUUUCUGAACGAGCCAGGUCUGCAGGAGGUGAUGCCCAGCUUAAACAUAUCGAUGCGUGCCUACAGACGGUUGCAGGAACUGCAGCGUGACUGGAGCCUGCUAGAAGAAGGGCUUGCGUCCAGCAAUGGAGAGGUAACCGUGCAUAUAGAGUAGAAGUAGAAGGCUUCCUCGGGAGGGAAAACGAUACCUACUAUCCGCAGACGCUGUUAGUGGCCACAAAACGAAACAUAGCUUGCGCACACACCACCAUCACUGCCCACUUAAGAAGUGGGAGGAGGAAGAGAGAAUGGUAGGUUUAUUUUUGGUUAGAAUUUGUUUUCGAUUGUUUUUAGAUGCAUUUUUAUGGGGAGAAACUAUGGGGAAAAUAUUUAUUUUCGUUAUUCAAAUAUAUUACACGCUAUAUAAAGAAAAUCAAUGCUAUUAGGCAUUGCAUCGUGUUAGAGAAAGGGGAUAAUUAGUUGGUUUCGCUUUUAUGUAGCUUUAGUUAGGCCUUUUACACCACAACAUUCAAAAUUCAAUGCAAUGCCGAUUGUGGAGAGACAAUUUAUCGCAUCCCUUCAUCACUUAGAACGGUCCAAAACGUUUAUGCGACGGCGAUUUCAUUUAGCUAGUACGACGGCAGUCUAGUAGCAUGUCACUUCGAUAGUCGCUUUCUUAUCAUGCACUUUUGUUAUCUACCGUUUGAAAUGAGCGUGCGACUGUUUGGGAAACAGUUCUUUGGUUCGAGAUAGAGCAAAACCAACAAAGGCACAACUAGGUUAAAUAUUCGUCCGAUCAUUCGAAAUGUCGAGUGUGUGUAGUGGAAAGGCUAAAGGUAAAUCGAAGCAAAUCGUAGUGCUUAAGAGAAGUGUAAUUAGCAGACUCGAGAGGUGGAAAAUAAAGUAAAAUAUUUUAGUGACAAAAAA